AUACGAGGAAUGUAUGUGGAAACAUGCAACCGGCUAAUGUACCAAGUUGUCUCGCCAGUGUGGGAGACUCAAAUUUCUGGCAAGUUCGCAUUAAAUGCCUGGUGCCGCUCUCCGAUAUUGAAGUAUUUAGUUUUGUAACCUGCUUGAGCCCUUCAGUAGUUCACGGACUGCCGAGUACCAUUCUUCCAUAUAAUAUUGAUGCGGUUACUAUGAUAGUACUACUAUACGUAGUAGUAGGUGAUGGCAGAUGGCACAGCGCCACUGCUUGUUGGCCGGGACUGCCUCUUGCCAAGUUCUCAGCUCUUCGUAUUGUUCUUUUUCAUCAUAUACCUGGCACUACCACCUUUUCUGCAUUGAUAAAUAUCCUUAGCUAGUGUGUCCGAAGCCAGGCGCAGUACAACCAUCAAGUCUGUGGACAAUUUCCAGCCGCUCGUUUCACAUGCCACGGCCUCAGCCUUUACUCUCCUUCGAAGUAGAUACCUCUGGGCAAGACACGUCCCUCAAACAUGACGAUUUUGAUUCAGAGUUCCGUAGAACUUGGUAUCAUUACCUACCACUGUGUUUUCUACUUUUCCUCAUGGUGGCUCCCUAUCCUUCGCUGCUCAUUGUGCUCGCAAACCACUAUCUUCUCACAUUGAACAAGCCCAUCACCGUCGUUAUUCAUUUCUUGAUCACUUUUACCCUCGGCUUCCUCGCCUUUGCUUCCUUGAUGGUUUGCGUGGCUCGUGAUCCCGGUCCAGUAUACUUCAAUGCUUCCGACCAGGAUCCUAUCGAGAGUCAGCGUGAAGAUAUGGGCCUCGCGGAAGCUUUGAUGACCAUGGAGAAUACUGACGACUGUGGUCCUGACAAGUUUUGUCGGAAAUGUUGGGUACCUAAACCGGAGCGUGCUCACCAUUGCAGCAUCUGUGGACGCUGUGUUUUGAAGAUGGAUCAUCACUGUCCUUGGCUUGGGGCUAAAUGUAUCGGAUAUAGAACAUACCCAGCAUUUGUUCACUUCUUGACUUGCAUCACUGCCUUCUCCGCAUAUGUCGCUACUAUAUCUAUAUCUGCAGUUCGGUGGUCUUUCGAGAACCCACUUCUGGUUCCGGACCAGUCUACCCCCGUUCAUGAAUUAUUACUCGCCGCUGCUGGCGUGAUUUUUACUUUGGUUGUUGGUUCCUUCUUAGUGUACCAUAUCUAUCUCAUCACCACCAACCAGACUACUGUUGAAGCUCUCUCUCCAUUCUUGUUGUUGAGAUAUAUUCCUCCGCUACCGGUGUCCAUGAAGCUGUCCGAACCUCCAAUGGAGGAGGAGCUAUCAUACAACCAACGUAGAGCAGUCCGUGAUGCACAUAGGUUCGUGCGCAUGUACGACGUCGGGUGGCGGAGAAACUGGGCGCAAGUUUUCGGAUGGAGCAAGCCGCAAGGGUGGAUUUAUCUUCUUCUUAUCGGUGGCGCUGUGAAUGGUGAUGGGCGGUCAUUUCCACGUAACCCACGCUCUCAGGAGAUGCUGUCCCAGCUCGCGGCCCGCCUCGAGAAAGAGGCUUGAAAUGGAAUUAUUUGGUGCCCCGGUAUAUAUGAUAUAUCAAUUUAUAAGUAUGCUGCUUAAUGUUAUUGCAACCUGACA